GCCACAAUGCACUUGAGAAAACAAUACGUUACGUGUCAAGACAAUUUUUUCCGAGUCAAGUCUUCAGUUCGAACUCAGACAACACGCGCGCAAGCUGUGCCCACAACAACAGUCCUGACGACAUGGCGGAAAUCGCGAAUGAAGCUCUGCUCCAAGCUGCUGACAAAGGCUGCCUUCAGGGCGUCAUGGUAGCUUUGCAAGCAGGUGCAGACAUUGACUACACUCAGGGCGGCAAGGAAAUCACCGGCAAUGCAACAGCUCUGUUCAUCGCUUGCUUCAUGGGGCAUGUCGAUGUAGCGAGGCUGCUGAUCCGCAAGGGGGCGUCUUUAACGAAGAGGUCCAUUGGGACAUCAGCUCCUCCCCUUCUCAUAGCAGCGUCCAGAGGGCAUAUAAAAGUAGUGGACUUGCUGGUACAUCACGGUGCAACGUUAGACAUACGGGACGGUUUCCAGAGGACCCCACUCAUGAUGGCCUGUGCUUUCAAACGAGUGGACGUAGUUCGGCGACUGAUCGAGCUCGGAGCAAGAGUUGAUUUGACCGACGUCAAUUGCUUGGCGGCCCAAGAGUACUGCGAGAUGGACGUAGUCGGAGGCGUCUGCGCACCCAGAGAACUGAUGGAACUGAUACAAGAGGCACUGCAGACCGGGCUGUUGAAAUGCUGCAACCCUACGUGCGGCAAACGGGGCCACAGAUCAACCUUGAAGCUGUGUGCUCAGUGCAAGCUGACCCGGUACUGCAGCCGAGACUGUCAGAGACAACACUGGUCUGUCGGACACAAGAAGUGCUGUGGAUAUGACGCGUACUCUGACUAUGGAAACCCCUUACAAAAAUUCGCCAAGUUGAAGACUCAAAUGUUGCAACAUAUGAAAAUAUAGCUUAGGACAAGUGUAACUUAAGCGUAAAUACAGACUUUUUGCAUAUUCAACCUUGCUAUGAAAUGCCCAAACAUCGCUGAAAUAUCGGUAACAGAUAACACGCUACCUUGAAUUUUUUUUCAUCAAACAACAAUGAAUGCUGUUUAGGAGAAUCGUAGCCUGGUUUACCAAACCUAUUAUAGCUCCCGAGUCCUACAUCCUCUCCGCAAAUAUUGGAUGUAGGACUCGGGAGCUAUAAUAGGUUUGGUAACCAGGCUAGGAGAAUCGUGCUUGGACACGGUUUGAAAGGAACGUGUGACACCUGGACCAGAAUGCGAUUUACCCGACUGAUCGCGGUUCAAGCGUUUCCUUGUGAACUCUCGGGAACGUAAAGGGGCGCCCUCCAGCGGCCGUUCUACUAAGUGUAGGAUUAAACCCAGGGAAUGGUCCCCGUGUUCUGUGUUUUUGCUUCAUUUCAGUGCAAUAAGUUCACUCAAAAUAAUAACGAGAAUAUAGAGGACAAUGUUCACUGGUACUCACCACCUAAAACGGACGUAGCGGGUCUUCCAAGGCGAAUUUUAACCGCCGAGUUCUUCCCCGUCCAAACACACUCGCCCAUGAUCUUCCAAAGGCGUGGUCCUACCACCUGAUAAUGAAUCAUCAGGAUUUGCAUUUUUCUUAAUUAUUAUAAUUACGUAAAUAAUUAGAUUAGACGUAACGCAAUGUAAAAUCACCAUACCGUGAGGAAAAAUGACCCUGAUUUUGUUAUAAUUUGCGUUACAACUUAUUGUUCUUUUACUUUUAUCAUUAAGAGGUAUUUCUUUCAUCUCAUUAAAGCAAAGUAUGUGAAA